GAAACCCCAAAAUAAACAAAAUUUAUUUCAUCCACGGCCAAUUUCAAAACGAUUGAUAAAUCUAAACCAAAAUCUGUCAGAAAACCGUGGAAAACAAAAUAUUGUUUCAUCUAUGGCCAAAUCCAAAAAGAAACAAAAUUGACAUAAAUCAAUUUUGUAUUUUAUUUUGUUUCUUUUGGAUUUUGCCAAACAAUAUUCGGUUUGGCCCUGGAUGAAACAAUAUCUUGUUUCUUUUUGGGCCAUGUUGUAAAUGAAUAUGGACUUCGAUUGGGCCAUGGGAGAAAAGAAGACAAUUUUCAUUCUGCCCAUGGUCCAUCGAAAUUCAGAUUCAUUUAUACCAAAGGUCCAACAAAACUUUAUUUCUAUUACGAUUUUUAGGGUGUUUUUACGAUUUUUAAGGAUUUUCAUGUCAUCGGAGUUGCUACUCAUUGCUCUGAGGUAGUUCCGAAGAUUGCGGGACAAAAAUAGUAAUGUUGAAGUUGAGAGUGAAAGAAUAGGAGAAAGGUUUUUUCCCCCUUAUUUCAUUGAUAAAUGUGAUACUUGUUUGUUGAAGGAAAACCAAAGUAGACAAAAACAAAAAAAAACAAAAAAAAAAGUUAAAAUAAUAACUUUGAUAUUUAAACCCAUUUUUAAUAAUUGGGCAAAUACAAUAUAAUAUCCAUAACUAUUAUAGAUCGGGGAUUUAUAUCCUCAACUAUCAAUAUACAAAUUAAUAUCCAUAACUAUAGUUGCGGGUCAUGAUAUGGCUAACAGCCUGUUACCACCGUUAAAUUUGCAACGGAGACUGCCAUGUCGGCAUCCAUAUUGGCGUCCACAUCAACAAAUAAUUAAAUAUAUAAUUUUUACUUUUAAAUUAAAAAAAUUAAAGUUGAAAAACAAACUCAACCACUCUCCCCUCUUUUUCCCCCUAUCUUCCUCCACCGUCACCUUGCUUCCUCCGCCCUCCCUUGUCUCCCUCUUCUUCUUCUUCCCCUAUCUUCGUCCACUGUCCCCUGACUUCCUCCGCCCUCCCCUGUCUCCCUCUUUUUCUUCCCCUAUCUUCCUCCACCGUCACCUAGCUUCCUCCGCCCUACCCAGCUCCUGUCGUCUCUCAACUCCUCGUUAAUCGGGACUAGUCGUCCCUCCGCCGUGGCAGCACCACUCAUCGUCCACUGCAUCCACCGCUCCUACGACUUCGUCAACUGCCCCGCUGGCGUCGUCCGCAGCAGAUCCGACUGGCAUAGCUCAUGCGCCAUCCUCUCCGGCAAAGUCGCCACUCAGGAGCAGCCUAGAUCUGGAAGAGAAAAUGGACUCGAUUUCAUAGAUUCGGUCAACGGUCACAAGACUAUUGACCUGGAUUUGGUACCGACCUACGGUACUGCGACUGCCGUCGACUGUAGAAGGUGUUGACUAUCACCGACCUUGCUCCAGCUCCGAUGCACAGAGCGCAGCUCCGAGUCGCAUACCGGGGAGUCCCCGGUGCGUACUCCGAGGCAGUGGUGGCUUCUUGUCGAUGAUGAGCUCUCCAGACCUGGAUCGAAGAUUAGGGAUUUGGAUUGACGAUGGGGGGUUUGUUUCGUUACUUUCGAUGGGUGAAAGAAGAGGGAUUGGGGUUUUUGGUAGGGGGACUCAAGCAAUGGCAGUCUCGCCGCCACGCCUGCAGGACGGUGAGUGGAUCCUCGUCGGCGACUUCGUGUCUUUGCAGACGAAGGGGGAGAUGGACAGAUGAGAGAAGAAGGGGUUGAGGAUAAGAAUUGGGUGAAUGGAUGUGAGAGGAGGGGAGGGAUAUUAUAUUGUAUUUUCCCUAUUUGUUUUAUUUUUUACGUUUUAUGUUAUUAUUUACUUAAUCAAUUUCACAGGGAUGCCACGUUCUCAAUUCCACCUCAGUUUUUUUUGCCAGGUCAGCAUUGCAGAAAGACCUAGUAAUGGGGUAUUAACGGACAAUUAACGAUUGGAUAUUAAUCUACAAAACACUAUAAAGCAAUGUCAAUAUACAGCCUUUGCCACGUCAUCCUAUGCUGAAAUAGCCGCACAGUUCGGAGGGCUAUUAUUGUCUAUUCAAAAACUCUCUCUUUCCUGCAGUCUAUCUUUCCUGCGACCAUUUCUCUCCUCUCUUCCCAAUCUGAAUCGGAAAGCAACACUCCCACCGACCACCGUCAUUUUAACCACACUGAAACCCUAAAGUCCCUUCCGUCACCCAUUGUUACCCUCACUGUAAUUCUCCUAUCAUUAUUGUGUUGUUGUUUCCUCCGUCUUGCAAUUCGCCGGGAAAAGUCCCCACUGCCGAGCUCUUACAGUCUGUCUCUUGGCAGUCGGCGGAAUCUGUCUUUGCCGCCGUCUUCGUACUAUCUCAUCCUAGAAGAAAGUCCUCCGCGUUGAUCCCCUGGGAAAAUAUCCCCACUCCCCUCGAUCUCUCUUCGUUUGUCUCCCGGCACUAUUUUCUUUCUCGCCGUCCCUCUACGAACCCUCCCAGAAGAAAGGUCCUCCUCUUCGAUCCCCCGGGAAAAAUCCCCACUCUUCUCGCUCUCUCUGCGUCAGUCUCCUGAUGCAAUUUGUCUUUCUCGCCGUCCCUAUACUAACCCCUCCCAGAGGAAAAGUCCUCAGCCUCGCGCAUUACAAUCGAGUGGCCGAACAAAUUCUCCGCCGGGUACUUUGACCAUUCUGCUUUGUAAGCUAACUUCGGUAGUUAGUUUUUUAUGUUUGCUUUAUAGAGCAUGUGUGCGAUGUCCCCUCCACCUUUUCUUUUCGAAUGGGCAAGCUAUGCAGCUGCUAACUUAAUCAGUUUGAAUCGUUUCAGUCGGACUGUGACCUACGGGAUAAGGCGUAAUUUCUACAUUGGUUUUCGGCUGGGUGUGGAACGAUUGCAGCAAUGUCGCCGAAACAUUGGGGAGACACUUCUUCUGCCCCAAACACUGGUCCAACUAAUUAUAACUUUGCUGCAACGCCAUGUAAUAUUCUCAUUUUGUUCUUAGUAUGAUGUUUUUCUAAGAUUGAACGUGAUGCAUUGACAAGAAACAGAAACUUAUUUGUUUGGUUUGUUCCAUUGUGUUAAGGGAAAGGACAGGCAAUUUGUGUCUCCUUGAAGGUUCGACACUAGCUGAAGUAGAUGCUGAGAGCGCCUUUAGGGUGGUAAGUUAAAUUGAAUUUUGUCUCUAAUUAAUUUCAAAUUGCAGUUUUUCUUAGCUAUGUUGCAUCUUUUUUAUAGUCAGAAAAUUGAAGCUCAGCUCACUUGCGUUGAUUGCCAUAUUGCAACUUUAGCUAGGAGAGGAAGGAAGUUCCUUUGGUGGUACGAAGGAUGCAUUGAGUGCCUGUUAUUUCAGUCCCAAGUAUGUCACUCUUCGCCUUUUGCUUAUCUUUGGAUGUUAUGCAGUUUAGUAUCAUGAGUUUUAAUUGUUGUGAGCAGCAGAAGCAUGAUUGGGAGGGUUAGGACGGAAGGCCUGAUUUGAUUGGUGUAUGGAAUUGUAUAACGUAUCCAUUCAUGUGUAUAUGCUUUAACAUUUAGCUGCUUUAUGGUAAUAUAGGUUUGCAUAUUUU